AUGACAUUCACUAUUUUGACUUUGCUGAACAUCUGUCAUGCUGAAGUCUACUGGUCCAUCGUGCCCAAACCUCCUAUUUUGAGAAUGUUAACUUGGAUGGACAAGCCCCCUCUGGUGUAUGUUAACAACACGGACUGGCUACCACACCCUAUUCUAGCCAAACGUGUUCCUCUAGAGUCUGAAGGAGCUCUGUACAAUUAUUCAGGAUCUACUGUGUAUCCUCCAUUUUGUAUGUCUUUUAGAAAUUCGUUUAUUGGUAAUUCUUUCUGUGUACCACGCAGACAUCAAGCGUGGAUUGUCAAAAAUGCCACUGACAACAGUUAUGUAGGGGUUGGCAUGGGUGUGAUAGGAAUGGGAGAUGAGUUAGCACGUAAGACGUUCCAACCUAAACACCCGGCUAACAAGUACCUAUGUCCAAAUCAGAUAGGUACGGUACAAAAGGAGUUGCCAUGGACAGAUUGCUCUGUCCGAGUUCCCAGAAAGGUUAAGAUGCCGGCAACCACAGACUUUAACAUCUACAAUUGGGCACCCAGGUUACGUUGUGGUCGCUCUGAACAACUGACGCGAUUAGGCAAAUACACUGACUAUGAGAAAUGGCACAUGCCAUGUCAGAAUUUUCAGAAAAUUGAGGACUUACUAGAAGUAGACAUGGCUGGUUCUAGACUUGCUAUUGAAGCAGGUCCUAUACAGAACACGCAGUGGAAGAUAGUGGCUGCCACGCAGCCGAUAUACAAGUUUAAGGUCAAGGUGAAGAACUCAGGACUUGAUCUUGAGUAUGACAGUCACGUUAAUGUCACUGCAUGUGUUUUUGCUCCUUAUGUAAUGCUAGUAGGUAAUAGCCUUCGAAUUUUUAAAAAUGACCAAGGUCUAUAUGAGAUCAACUGCACAAAAUGCCGCCUACAUCAAUGCCUUAGUCCUAAACACCAAGAUUCAUAUGUUGCUAUCAUGUAUCAUCCACCUUUAAUGUGGGUACCUGUCAACUUGACAGAGACGUGGGCAUCUGCGCCUACUGUGCACAUCGUUCAAAAGGCAUUUAACAUGGUUAUACAUAGGUCCAAGAGAAUGGUCUUGGAGAUUAUAGGAGCCGUAGUCUCAGUAAUUGCCAUGAUCACAUCACUAACCACGGCAACAUUGGCAUUAACUUCCUCUAUCCAGAACCAUGAGUUCAUACAGGAAGUGGUGUCUAACUCUUCCAAAUUAUGGCACACUCAGCAGAGUAUUGACUUAGCUUAUAGAGAUGAGCUGGACAGUCUAAAAGAUGCUGUGUUUUGGUUAGGUAAAGAGGUUGAAGCUUUACACACAAGGAUUACUUAUCCCUGUCAUUACAAUCAAACGGGUUAUCGUAUUACUCCGUUGCCAUAUGAUAAUGUGUCAUAUGAAUGGCAACUGGUCGUUCAGCACAUCAAGGGUGCUUGGGGAAGCCAUAACAGCACCUUGGACAUUAUUAAAUUGCAACAGCAGAUCAACAAAAUAGACCAAAUUGUAUAUGAGAAUGAAGCUGCAAACAUAGCUGCAAAUUGGGAAGCAACUUUAUCUUCCCUAGAUCCCCAAAAUUGGUUUGGUAGAGCUAACUUAACCAGCAUUGGUACUAUCAUUUUAUUCAUAUUAUUGGCUAUGGGUUUGAUUAUACUUUGCAGCAGAAGCUGUAAAAACAGAGCCUACAUUCAAGGCAUACUGCCAGAAUUGGCACGGUCUUAUCACACUAGGCAAUUGGUGCCUGAAAAUGUUGAAUUGAACACGACCGUUCCAUGA